CUUUUCUUCUGUUCCUCCUCAUCAACAUCACCGCAGACAUCAGAAUCACUACCGUCUUUUCCUUUUCCUCUCUCUUUCUCUUUUCCUUGUUUCCUAGGUCAGCUUUCCUUGGUCAAGUUUGGGGUCAUUCAUCUCUCUCUCUCUCUCUCUCUCUCUCUCUCUCUCUCUUGUCUCUUGUCUCUCUUCAUCAGUCAACACUCGAUAUUUCUUGGUUUUCCUCGAUUCUCUCUCGGCUCACGAUAUCCCCCUUUUCAGGUCACGACGAACGACAACGAAAGGACGCAGAAACAACACCCCAUUUAUCUCAAACGACUUCCUCUCUCACUUAGAAACCCUCUCUCAUUAUCGAUCAAACGAUUCAUAUCUUGUCUCGAUUCUUCCUCAACUUCAGAUCUCAACCAGUCGCUGAACCAAGCGACGCGCUUCCUCCAAGAUUCCCUCCCCAACUCCCUCCCCGACGGCCUGCAUCCCCUUCCCGCCCCGGCGAUUCCCCGUACGCACAGCGCUCCACUUCCACACCCCGCGCCCGAAGCUCUCCCUCGUCACGCCCGUCUCCCUUGCCCGCGCCGGCCCCCGCCGCUGCUCCAACAUGGGUUCCGCUCCCCGCCUCGGCGCCCUCGGGCACACCUUCACCGCCAUGCGCGCUAUGCAGUUCGCCUCGCUCGUCGCCAUCAUCGGCAUGGUCUCCAACUUCAUCUCCGAGAUCAACGCCGCCGACGCCACCUCCCCGCCGGUCCUGGUCGGGACUCUUGUGAUUGUGAGCCCUCGCAAUCUCCGCAUUGUGUCCAUGUUUUUCAAUACUAACAAUGCACUACCACAGGCCUGCGUCGCGACCCUCUACAUCACCAUCACCUACAUCCUCUACUACGACAACAUGCUGCCUCUCCUCCUGGCCACCGCCGCCGACUCGGCCCUCCUCGUUGCCGUCAUCGUCGUCGCCUGCCUCCUCGGCAAGCCCCUCUCGUACCUCGAAUGCGCCGCCCUGCCCCGCUCCGGCAGCACCGCCCACUUCAUGGCCUCCGUCACGGCCAACAUCAACACGGGCUCCGCCGGCGUCCUCAGCUACCUGGUCUGGGUCGGCGCCGACCAGCGCACCUGCUACGCUAUCAAGGCUGUCUGGGGCCUUUCCAUCGCGCUGUGCGUGCUCUUCGCCUUCAGUGCCAUCACCGCCGUCUGCCUGGCGGCGGCCGCCGGCGGUGCUACUUAUGCCUCUUCUUUCCCGCCUCCCCCGACGAGGGAGGUCAGGGGAUACUGCUAUAGUGGCAGGAAGAGCCUGGGCACCACCGCGGUGCUGGCGAGGGAGAAGCGGUGGGACAGCAGCAGCGGUGACUCCGGGUCGGACUCGGACGACGUCGCUGUCGCUGCCCCGCGGCCCUCCUCCCGCGCCGGCGCGAGACCGUGGUUUCCGCCCCCUCCCACCACGGCGCAGGUGCAGCACAAGCGCGUGCGGGUCGUCGAGCAGCGGAUACCAGUGCACCCGCUGCCGGUGUUGCCCGAGGUGGUCGUCGCAUCCCCUGCGGGGCCUGCGUCUCCGGGCAGCGACCAUCAAACAACCACGACGCCGACGACGCCGGCGGGCGACGACCGGCUCACCGGCAGACCCCUCGCGCGAGGCAAGUCGAAACGGAAGACGAUUAUGGAGUUUAUCGACGGGUGGUGGGAUCUCGGGCUGCUGGAGCAGCAGAGGCAGACGAUGCUCGCCCGGGCCGCUUCCCGGAAGUGACCGAGCGGCGUUUGUGUGUGCUGGGCUGUGCGUUGCCUGAGUCUUAUCUUGGAUCUCGUCUUGGCAUCUGCUGGUGUAAUUAGAAAUUGUCGACCGGGGGUAAUGUCUACUGGAUAGAUCUUUUUCUUUUUUCUUUUUCCCCUUUUGUCCUGGGCGGUUUCCUGUUGGCGUUCUUUUCUCCUCAUUCUCUUGGUAGCUAGACCACUGAUGAUAAAAACGCAAAAAAAACAAAACCGGCGAUAUUCGGGUGUUCUAUUCCGUGACCAUCCAUCCAAUAACGACCAACC